AUGCCGCUGGGCCUCUUUGGGUCUUCAUCGAAACCACAGCCUUUGACAAGCAUCGAUAGUGGUGGAUUCAAGGACAAGAAGGAAGCACUCGAAAAGGAUGGUCGUGGUACCGUGCUUCGAUUGGAGAAUUCUACCGUCACUAUUGAAAAGAAACUUGCCGAAGGAGGAUUUGCUAUUGUAUAUCUGGUCAGUGAUAAAAAUAAUCGAAAAUAUGCCCUAAAGCGUCAGUUCAUCAAUGAUGACAACAAGCAAGUUGAUGCGUGCCGGAGAGAAUUCCAAAUUAUUGUGGGACACAAGAACAUAGUGGCCUAUGUGGAUCAUAUCCUGACCAAAAAUAAAAGUGGCAUCUACGACUACAUGCUUCUAACAGCUUAUUACAAAACUAGCGUAUUGCAACUAAUGAACGACCGUCUUUUACUUGGACAGAGUCUACGCAGCAAUGAAGUUCUUUCCAUUUUUUGUGACAUGUGUGAGGCUGUUGCACGUCUCCAUCAUUCCGUAACUCCUAUAAUUCAUCGUGAUUUGAAGGUCGAAAACAUUCUCGUGGAUGAGCGAAAUCGUGCAGCGCCGCCAGUUUAUGUUCUUUGUGAUUUCGGAAGUGCUACAACAAAGGUUUUGUCAAGCAGCAAUUAUUCGAUAAGUUUCAUACAGGACGAAAUAGAAAAGUAUACAACACUCAGUUAUAGAUCACCGGAAAUGAUUGAUCUUUAUUGUGGGAAGCCAAUUGGAACAAAAGCUGACAUAUGGGCAAUGGGAGUGAUGCUGUAUAAAUUGUGCUACUUUUGCCUCCCAUUUGGCGAAUCUGCUAUGGCGAUACAGAAUGGAGCCUUUUCAUUCCCAAGUGAAGCACAGCAUCCGGACUCGUUGAAGGCUAUAAUUAGAUGCCUUCUGGACGCGGACGUGGACAGAAGGCCCACAAUUUAUCAGUGCUCAGUGUUGGCAUUUGCUGCUGCCGAUCGUGUCUGCCCAGUUAGAAAUAACUGUCGCAAGCCAUCUCUCACCGUAGCAAUCCAGUCCUCUCUCUCUGGCCGUCACUACCUUAGGGCGCUCCCUCCGGAGUGUCAAGAAGACCAAUGUGAGUUCUUGUUCGAAAUUUUUACAACUUUGUAA